AUGAAAUUAAAUAAAAAUAUUCAUUAUAUUUUCUGUUUGCUAUUUCUCUCACUCAGUGUUUUUUGGGUUUUUUCUCUCUCUCUCUCUCUUCUGUAUCUCUCACUUUGUCUAUGGCAUCUUCUUUCUGCUACCUAUCUACUUUUAUCUAUCAAUUUUAUCUUUUAUCUAUCUUUAUCUAUCAACUUCUAUCUACUUUUAUCUAUCUAUCUCCUUUUAUCUAUCUUUAUCUAUCUAUCUUUAUCUAUCUUUAUCUAUCUAGUUUUACCUAUAUUUAUCUAUCUAUCUUCUUUUAUCUAUCUUUAUCUAUUUAGUUUUAUCUAUUUUUAUCUAUCUAUCUCUCUUUUUCACUCUCUCUUUGGUAUCUUCUCUAUCUCCCUGAUUUUUCUCCACAAUCUUUUUCUUGCUUUCUUUAUCACUCUUUGUUACGUUUCAUUCUCUCAUUUCUCAUUGAUGGCUAUUCCCUCACUCUCUCUCUCUCUUACUGGUAACAUUUCCCUCCUUUCUUUCUGUCUUUCUUUCUUUCUCUCUCUCCUUAAUCCUUUGCUCUCUCAUAAUUAUUACAAAUACCACCACUCGCAUACCAACACCCUGACUGCCACCAUCAAUACCACUGCCAAAGAUUCUUGA